AUGGUUUUGGAUCCUAAUGUGUUCUGUUCUUAAAAGGCAACGACCACUUUGGCUUUGAUUAAACAUCUACUGAUUAAAGGGGAAUACUUGACAAAAAAGGCUCAUAAGUUGCUUUUUAGCACAAUCAUCUUGCUGAAAAUGCUAGUAGAAGGUUAGGAAAUCACUGUAAGAUUAAGAAAAACAGGCUAAAGCUGGAUCAAGUUUGGUGAAAUCCCAAAGCGAUUAGUUGAUGAUACUAAUGCAGGUUAUAGCAAAUCUAGCAGUCACGAGAUGAAAGAAGAAUAAAAGAAAAGCAAAAAAACUGAUGAAAUACAAGAAGAAAUGCUGGAUGACGAAGUUAGAAUGAUUGCUUAUAGGCAAAGUAUUAAAGAAACAGACAAAGGCUAAAUAGUUAUUGAUGUUGAGGCUGGUACUAGAAUUUUAAGAAUUUUUGCUGCAAUAGCUGGAGCUUCACAUGUGUAUGCCAUAGAAUACACCAAUAUAAUUGAGAAGGCAAGGAUAAAGUUUCCUAGAGCUACCUCGCUGCUUGAAUUACUCUAGUUAAAGGCAAGGCUGAAGACGUGGACUUGGGCUAAAUUAAAGUAGAUGUUAUUGUAUCAGAGUGGAUGGGCUACUUCUUGCUGUUUCGAUAAUAUGCUACCAAGUGUUUUAAGUAUUAGAGAUAGAUAUCUUAAAGAAAAGGGUGCUAUGCUGCCCAAAAGAACUUGUAUUUACUUGGCUGCAAUCAAUAAAAAAUGCUAAGACACCGAAAAAUGCAGGCAUGCAGCAAUGGUGGACUAAUGUGAGCAGUAAUGUUUAUUAUCUACUAGCCACCAAAUCUUUAAUUUUGACCUAGAGAUGGAUAAGUUGAACUAACAAGGCUUUACAUCUACCUUUGAAUUAAUUCUACUCGAGGACUGUUUAAUGACCGGGUUUGUUUCUUGGCUUGAUGCUGCGAUGACUGGCAUCAUCAUAUUCUCCAUUUGUCAUGAUCAUCCCUUAACUCAGUGGAAGAAAAAAUACUGA